GCUGCUUUCCCAGUGUGGUUGUGCUGGGGGUUGAACCUCUGGACCGGGCGCUUCCCGGGGUUUCUCCUGCACUGGGCGCUCCCCGUGCCGUGGGUGCAUCCAGCGCUGUGGUUCUGCUUGAUGGGCAGAAGCACCGGGCGAUGUUCAUCAUCUUCCUCCCGGACCCGUGAUGUUCAUCCUCCUCCCGGGACCGGUGGUGUUUAUCAUCCUCCUGCUGGGGUGAUGUCCAUCCUCCCGGCCAUCCUUGCUCAGAGCAUCACCAUCAUCUUCUGUGCUGCGGGGUCUCGGGUGGGCUCAGCUCGGAGCUCGCUGGGUCUCGGUGGCUUCAGUGCCCCGGCUCCGGCAGCCACCGAGUGCCAGGGGACAGGGGGACACUGCUCAGCCGCGGUUCACGGUGGAACGUCGCUGGUUUUGUGUCUGUCUCGUUGUUUUGCUGCAGCGAACCUGGUGUUGCACCAGACUGUGGAGCGCAUCCACGUGGGCAAGAAGUACGGCGACAUCCCUCGGGGCAUCUUCGUGGUGAGGGGCGAGAAUGUGGUGCUGCUGGGGGAAAUUGACCUGGAGAAGGAGAGUGACACACCUCUGCAGCAGGUGUCCAUCGAGGAGAUCCUGGAGGAGCAGCGGGUGGAGCAGCAGGCCAAGCAGGAGUCGGAGAAGCUGAAGGUGCAGGCUCUGAAGGAGCGGGGCCUCUCCGUGCCACGUGCUGACACAUUGGAUGAGUACUGAGGGGCUGCUCCUCUCCUGCAGGGAGCCAGGGCUGCUCCAGGACCCCCCUGGGCAGGCACACACUGCCUGGAAAGGCAGGUUUCAUUUUCAGAUUGUCUUUUCCGUGGUGCUGGUAACUGUACACAAAUCAUGCCUUUGGUCUCCUUCUGGAGAAGGAGAUGAGGAGGGCCCGGCGCACUGGGAGUGCAAGCAUUUGUGUUUGGGAGGCAAAUCACUGCUCCUUGGCUUUGUUUGCUUUUUCCUCCUCACAUGACUCUGGGUGAGAGUUUCCUUGACAUGUAAAUAAAUCCUUGAUCCUGACCUCGAUGGUUUUCCCGUGUUCUGGCCCUGGCAGUUCCCUCUCUCAGGAUGAACACAGCUCAGGCCAGCUCUUGUCCCCUCUGUGUGUGCUGUGCAGGGACAGAUGGCACCCCUGCUCCACUCUGAGACAAUGCUGGAGCCUGUUGUGCACAGAUCCUGCUGUAGGAAGGGAGCAGAACCUGGGUACCCCAACACAGAGGGCAGCAGAACCCCUGUACCCCAACACAGACCAGCCAUACCCCCCCCCCCCCAGCCAGGUUGUGCCAUUCCCCUGCAGCUGAGCCUGCUAAUUACCAGCUGAACCCACUAAUUACCUGCUGCUGAAGAGCUGCUGCACCUGGGCACAGCCUGGAGCUCCAGCCCCUCCUUGUUCCAUGGUGCUGGGGGAGCUGCUGCAGCUGUGUCAGCUUUGCCCCGAGGUGUCCUGGCCCUCCCUCCCGUGGGGAGGAGAGUCCUUGGCCUCAGGGCUGGCUCUGGGCAGCUGCCAGGCCCCAGGAGCCUCUUGGUGUGGGCAGGGAAGGGCAAACCUCGGCAGGGACAACACAGGGCUGCUCCCCUGGGACUUCUUUGGGUGAAGAAUCCACGCUGGGGGGACAGAGGACAAGCCCAGCCCAGCU